AUGGGCCGCUACGGGCCCUUCCCUGCCGCCGCCGGGGAUGGCGGGGGCUGCCUGCCCCUGCCGAUUGUAGCGGCUGAGGGCGCGCUGGCUGUCCUGGACGGUGCCAUUGCGACCGCGGCCUUCGUGCAGCUAGCAAGGAUUCACAGGCACAACCAGCUACAAGGAUGGACUCGGCAAAAGAUAUUCCAUUUAAUGAUUGGCCUAUCAAACAUAGUGUUCCUAGUGUAUUUCGUGUCUACCAUCACUGCUACUUGUCAGAGAUGGAUUUGCUGGGUACAUGGAUGUGGAUUUGUUCUCAUGGCUAGUCCACAGAUAUUGCUUCUUGCUUCUUUCCUGUUGCUACUGUCAUUCUGGGUUGACCUGUGUCAUCAGACAAAUGAUGAAGACGAAGAAGACGGAAGGAGUCAGAGUCACCAUGAAGCUUUACUAGACAGAACAAAAGUGAAACCUGGCAUUCGCCCUGUUAAUAUCCGUCAGAGGUGUUGCCCAGGAAUACAACUUGGAAGCCGGCAAAAAAUUGUGAUUUUGGUGCUUGUAUUGUCAUUUGUUGUUAUGUUCGCCUUUACAAUCCUCAUAUGGGUUGGCAGAGGAGAAAAUCCUAUUGAUUCUUCUCUACUGAAAAGGGUUUAUUUGGAUGUAUUUUCAGUAGUAGUUAUUGUUCUUGGUGGUGCUCUGGCAUGUUACGGUGCAGUGUUAUUCUCGAAGAUGAGCAAAGUUCGUUCUGAAACUGUAUCCACUGAGAAGUGGAAGGUUGCCAGUUUAGCUGCUGUCUCACUGAUUUGUUUCUCGUCUUCUGCUAUACUUGCACUUGUGACCAAUGUUCCAGUGCUUUUGUAUUGGUACUCGACAGAUGUAGACAUCAUCAACAAUGCUGUUAUUUUGUUUAUAUAUUACUUCAUAGGCUCGUCAGUGCCAUCAGGAUUUGUGCUAUGGAUCAUGAGAGAGAUGCCUCAUCGGCAGGGAAAGACCAUCAACUUCGCAGGAUCCACAGUGGAGGACAGCUGUCACAUCCUCAAACAAGUGUGCUGGGAGCCUGGGACUUACCAACACGUCAGGGUCGCACUGGCGUCUGCUGGCAUUGUGAUAACUGUUGGGUACAAGAUGAAUCUGUAA